AUGGCUGCAGAGGAGGACCCUGAUAAAAAAGGUGGCGUCUGGGUUUUGGACCAGCAACUUGAUCAACCUAUUGAUGUGGAGGCCAAGAAGGUCAAAGAAACUCCCAUAAAUAAGAAGUAUUCAUCAACAAUGCUUUUGCAACUUGCAUUUCAAAGCCUUGGUGUGGUCUAUGGAGACUUGGGUACAUCUCCCUUGUAUGUUUUCGACAACGCGUUUCCUGAUGGGAUUGUUGACAAAGAGGAUGUGGUUGGAGCUUUAUCUGUGAUUAUAUGGUCUCUCACUUUUGUUCCACUUCUGAAGUAUGUCUUUAUUGUCUGUAGAGCAAAUGACAAUGGUCAAGGUGGAACAUUUGCUCUUUAUUCAUUGCUUUGUCGACAUGCAAAAAUAAAGAGUGUUCCCAACCAAGACCAAACUGAUGAGGAAGUAACAACAUUUAGUCGUAAUACAUUUGGUGAGAAAUCAUUCGCAGCAAGAACCAAGAGAGGGUUGGAGGGACAUGCAUUCUUGCACAAUAUGCUUCUUAUCCUUGUGCUGAUCGGCUCUUGCAUGGUCAUUGGGGAUGGGAUUCUGACUCCAGCUAUAUCAGUCCUUUCAGCUGUCGGUGGGAUGAAUGUACAUCACAAGUGGAUUAGUAAGGAAAUGGUUGUGCUCUUUGCUGUUAUCAUACUGGUACUUUUGUUUAUGACGCAACAAUAUGGCACAGGCAAAGUUUGGUUUUUCUUUGCACCAAUAGUACUUAUUUGGCUUCUUUUAAUUGGAGGAAUGGGCAUCUUCAACAUUUUGAAGUAUGAUAGAAGCAUUUUAAAAGCCUUUUCACCAGUGUAUGUGUAUCGAUAUUUUAAGAGGAGAGGUCGACUUGGGUGGGAGUCUCUCGGAGGGAUUAUGCUUAGUAUAAAUGGAACAGAAACACUUUUUGCUGACCUAAACCAUUUCCCAGUCCUGUCCAUACAGAUUGCUUUCACGGUAGUUGUAUUUCCUUGUCUUCUUUUAGCUUACUGUGGUCAAGCUGCGUACCUCAUGAAAAAUUCCAACAACGUGGCUUUUGCUUUUUAUCAGUCUGUUCCAGACAGCAUAUAUUGGCCUGUGUAUGUCAUUGCAAUUGCAGCUGCUAUAGUGGCAAGUCAGUCCACUAUAACAGCAACUUUUUCAUUAAUCAAGCAGGCCCUUGCCCUUGGUUGCUUCCCAAGAGUCAAAGUUAUAUAUACUUCAAGGCACCGCCACCAAAUAUAUAUUCCAGAUGUUAACUGGAUUCUUAUGAUUCUCUGCAUUUCUGUGACAGCUGGAUUUCACCAACAAACCCAGAUCGGAAAUGCUGCUGGGACGGCCGUUGUUAUAGUCAUGUUGGUCACCACUUUUCUUAUGAUUUUGGUGAUGAUAUUAGUGUGGCGCGUACAUUGGAUGCUUGUCCUCAUCUUCACCAGCUUAUCAUUACUGGUGGAAGGCCCUUACCUAUCUGCCGUACUCCUUAAGGUCGAUCAAGGUGGUUGGGCUCCUCUUGUGAUUGCAACAGCUUUCUUUGUCGUAAUGUACGUUUGGAACUAUGGUACUGUAAGACGCUAUGACAUUGAAAUGCAUAGUAAGGUGUCAAUGGCUUGGAUUAUUGGACUUGGUCCGAGUUUAGGAUUGGUUCGGGUGCCUGGCAUAGUACUUGUGUAUUCUGAGCUAGCUAGCGGAGUCCCUCGCAUCUUCUCCCACUUUAUAACCAACCUGCCUGCCAUCCAUUCAGUUGUGGUAUUUGUCUGCGUGAAGUACCUCCCUGUCUGCACAGUCCCUGAGGAAGAGAGGUUCUUUGUAAAGCGAAUUGGACCAAAUAAUUUCCACAUGUUCCGUUGUAUUGUGAGAUAUGGCUACAAAGAUGACCACAGGAAAGAUGAUGAUUUUGAGGAGAAGCUCUUUGACAGCCUCUUCAUGUUUCUCCGGCUUGAGUCCCUAAUGGAAGCCUCUUCUGAUGAUGUGUCUACUAUACUUGAACAGCAAGAUUCUGAAACAGGAGAUAUCCCGUUUGACAACAACAUGAGUAUACCUUUCUCCAAUUCAGAACAUACAAUCACAUCCGUGGAGACAAUAGCGCAGGAGGAUUUGUCGUUGAAUGUGAGUCGCGCACUAACAAUGUCACACCGGGCAAGUAGCAAUUUUGAGGCUGAGAUGAGUGAGAUAGAAUACUUGCACAACUGUAGAGAUGCAGGGGUAGUACACAUGAUGGGAAACACCGUAGUAAGAGCUAGGAGAGAUUCUAAUUUUGUGAAGCAUAUAGUUAUAGAUUAUCUAUAUUCCUUUCUUAGGAAGAUAUGCAGGGGAAACAGUGUAUUGUUCUUCGUUCCUCAAGAGAGCCUCUUGAAUGUUGGACAGAUACUCUAUGUAUAA